UCACCAGGAACUCCCCCACCCCUGUAAGAUCACCAGGAACUCCCCCACCCCCUCUAAGAUCACCAGAAAUACCUCCUCCUCCACCAAGGUCCCCCGAGACUCCUCCUCUUCCUCCAGGUUCCCCUGAAAGUCCACCACCUCCUCCAGUAACAAAAGAGAUCCCUCAUAGACUAGAAGGAACUAUUUCAAAUUCAUACAGUUGUGAGGGAAGAGGUUUGGGAACUUUAGAAGAUCCUCCUCCUCCACCUCCCUUAUCACCAGGUACUCCUCCACCACUUCCCCUGUCUUCAGAAACACCACCACCACCCCCCAUGUCCCCUGGAACCCCACCACCUCUUGAUAUGUCUCCUCGCAGCCCAUGUACUCGAAAUUUAUUAAAUCAUUCUCCACCAUCAUUUAAAAAUCUCCUUCCUGUGUUGUCACCGAGAGCAUUUUCACCAUCAUCCCAUGUUGAAUCUCAUGAAAACUGUGCCAAUCCUGUCUUAAAUUCAGAGUCAUGCCUUAAGGAUAAUUUGCUUCAGGAGGACAAUCCAGAAAGAGAUACACCAUCACCAUUGCCUGAUUGCCCUUUUGAAUGUCCUAAGUCACCUUCACCACAGUUUGGCUCCCCAUCAUCUUCACGCUCUCCCUCCCCAUCACCAAUGCCAGCGACAAGACCAAGAAGUCCGCUCCAAUCUAUGGCUUCCUUGUCACAGUCCUUGAGAGUAGUUGCCCCCCCAAGUCCAUCUCCUGUUCCACUGAAAGCAGAAAUACUAUCACCUAGGGUGCCUAUACCUGACAUUCUCUCCCCAACUAACUCGAUUAAAAAUGAUAUAAUGUCCCCACCCCACCAGAGCCCACGCCAAGGAAUUCUUUCCCCAGCUCAUCCGACUAGAGCGAAGUUAGUUUCACCAAUUUCUUCUGUAUGUCCAAAAUCUCCUAAAGUUAGAAGUCCACCAAGAACUCGUCCAAGAAGCCCUAUGGAUUUACCAGUUCCAAGAUGGAAGCCAGAUCCAAUAAUCAGACAGAAAAGAUCAUCCGAGUCAAGAACAUCCGUCUCUUCUAUCUCAUCUGUAUCGUCCGCUACAGAAGUUAUUGUUCCUGUAACUCCCAGGCCUGUUACAAUUCCUCCUACAGCAGAGAAGCUACGGAGAUUCAGUGAGGAGGAAGGUCUCGACUUGAGAGAAAGAUCUGCAAGUGGAGAAGGACACGACACCGCGGAGAGUGGCUUUGAUGAGGGAAGUGAUUUAUCUCCUGAUCACAAGCUGGAAGUCAUUGUCAAGGGAGAACCUCUUGAUGUAGACUCUAGGUCUCAGGAUAUAAUAGAAGGGGAGGGAGUAAAGAAGGAGGAUGCUACAAAUAUGAAAACAGAAAUUGUGCCAAAGCUGGAUUUCAAAAGUGAAGUAUUGGAUGAACUUUGUAAGUUUGCUGAGGAGGGGGAUACCACUAUUUACACAGGACCACAGGGGAAGACAAUCAAAGUAGAAGAUGAGCAGGAAGUCAAAGUUGUCAAGGACGAUGAACAAAUACCUCCCCUCAACAAAGGAGAGUCAUACAUUAAAACUACCACCCUAAGAAAACCUCCAACUUCGUCCAAGAAAACUGAUUCACCAAAGAGUUUAGAUCGAUCAACAACACCAAAGAAAGAGGAAAUUGAAUCCCCUGUUAAUUUUACUAGUCUAGCAAGUGUUAAGGAGGAUUCUAAUAGUAUGCCAAAGAGGACUUUAGGCUUUAUGAAUGAAAAGGAAACUAAAAUUGAAGACAAAGUGUUGACACCAGUAGACUCCUUAAAACUUCCGGUGAAUGGGACCAAAGUGUCAGAUUUGUUGGGUAAAAAUAAGGUGCCUGAAGUUUCUCAUCCUAGAAAUAAUUUAGACAAAUCUGUAGAAAUGACAAAUGCUAAUGACAAAGUGGAAAACAACUUCGAACAAGAUUCAGAAAAGACAAAGAGCUCCUUUGAGGCUGCACACAGACAUAAGUCAACUUCAGGAACAUCAUCUAGUAGUAAGAAAUAUGACUGUGCAAAGUGUCACAAACGUAGUAAAAUUAAACGUUAUAAUAUUGGUGUACAGUGCCGACGAGACAAGACGGACGCCAAGUCGUCGCCAAACUCGUUGUCUGGAGCAGCGUCCUGUGUAACCCAACCUUGUUUUGCCAAAGUGGACUAUGGAAGUAAACACGUAUCUUUACCCAGACCUCCAAGUCAUGGUAAACCUGGCUUAGAGAAGUACAAAUAUGGCCAAUAUAUGCACGUUGAAACGUAUCCAAAUGGUGAUGCCACGGUGGUGCAUAUGUAUCAGGAGGAGAUUGAUGCUCUUACCAAGGAAGAACAGGACGAAUUAGCGGCUGAAUAUUUGGAGGUUGUGUUUUCUGAAGAUGAUAAUGGCUUUGCCCAUCACGUGUGUGGUAUUGUUCAUAAUGCUGCCAAGUACAUGCCUGACUUACUGGACUACAUGGCUGAGAAACACGCUCACCUCUUUGUCAAGGCCGGAGUUAUAGGACACAUUGGCAGAAACUCUGACCUGGAAACAUACACAAUGGAAAAAUACAGAGAUGAGGUGUACAAAACAUAUUGUAAUGGAACCUUCCGCACGGGUCCCCUCCACCAAGUAAGUGUUGUUGGCACUGUACAUGAAGAAGUGGGUGGCUACUUUCCUCAUUUCCUUAGUAUGAUGGAAGAAAACCCAUUCCUGCGGAGGGCAAUGCCCUGGGGUCCAAUGUCAAUAGUAAACAUGACAUCACCCCAACAAAGCAAUGAUGGACCCAUCUUGUGGAUACGACCCGGAGAACAGCUCAUCCCAACGGCCGAGCUGGGUAAAUCUCCAGCUAAAAGAAAGAGUAGAACGGGAAUAAAUGAGCUGCAGCGCCUUCAGUACCUGCCGCGAGCCACUAAUGCCCGAGAGAUGAUGUUUGAAGACCGUACAAAAGCGCAUGCAGACCACGUAGGGGCUGGACUGGACAGGAAAACCACAGCAGCUGUUGGGGUGUUAAAAGCUGUCCAUUGUGGCAACGAGUACUAUCACAAUCGUGUCGUGAAAGAUGUUGUAGCUUUUGAUGCCCACGACUUCCAUGAGAUUGUGGAAAAACUGCAACUAGACCUUCAUGAGCCCCCCAUAUCCCAGUGUGUACAAUGGAUAGAAGAUGCAAAACUGAAUCAGCUGCGGCGAGAUGGAAUAAGGUUUGCCCGUAUUCAACUGUGUGACAAUGAUAUAUAUUUUCUACCCCGUAAUAUCAUUCACCAGUUCCGGACUGUGACAUCAGUUUGUAGUGUUGCAUGGCAUGUUCAACUAAAACCAUAUUACCUUCCUAAGAAUCCAGAGAAGGAAAAAGACAAGGACAAGGAAAAGUCUCCUAAAGAAGAGAACUCACCAGUACUCUCACCAAUUAAAGUGGAUCUCCCAGAGAAAAAGGAGAAAUCGUCGUCGUCGUCGGUUUCCUCGACUCCGUCAAAACACCACAAAAGCCAUAAACAUGACAGAAAGGAUAAACAUGAAAAGGAGAGGCAUGAGAAGCACAAACACAAACACAAAGCUAAGGACAGAGACAAACACAAAGAGAAGGAUCACCACCGAGGAGAACGCAGGAGUGAGCACAAGAGCAAAAAGAGAGAGAAGGACGAAACGGAGCGGGUGAAGAAAAGACUUAGAAUGGACUCGGGUUCGUCGGUGGAUGAACCGGUGGCGGAAAGUAAGUGUGAGAAAGUUAGUGUUGGGGAUGUAGAAGAACCAGAGGCUAAGAAAGCUAAGAUAGAAGAAAUUGAACCUAAAGAUGAAAUUAAAUUUGAACCAAAGGAAGAAUUGGGGGAUGAAGGUAAUGUUGAGCCCAAGUCAGUUCCUGAGGCUGCUGCUUCACCUCAGGAGAGUCAGGUGGACCUUGAAGAAAAAGUCUCUGAUGUUACACAGGAGUGCCCGGAGAACAAGAUCACGAUCUUGGAGGUCAGUCCAUUAAAGAAAGAAAAUGGAAAUCUUGAAAAAUUGGCCAAUGUUUCCAAGUUCAAAGCUGCGGGAGCCGUAAACAGACCAAAAACUCCGAACAAAGCUGCAAGUGGCCAACCCCCCUGUGAUGUUCUCGAGUCAAUAAUGGCUGGAAUGUUACAGCCGGGGAUGCACAAAUAAUGCCUGGGGAAAAAAUAUAUACUGUGUGUGUGUAUAUAUAUAUAUAU